AUGUCAGAUAUCCUCGAGUUCCAUGUCCCCGAGGUCGGGCUCACAUUCAGGGUGAAGCUCGUCACGGAUAACCCUGACGUCGUCGAGCAAGUGCUGGCCCAGCUGCCAUUGAAGAGCGUGCUCGGCCACGUCGUGAUUGCAGGCGAGACAUUUUGGACGCCAACUAGGAUCUUGCACACCGGCCGCAACAACAUGGUGGAGCGACGCCUGGGGAACGUUUACCUCAAUGCCAUGGGCCAGUCGAUAUGCCUCACUUACGGCAAGAUCACUGAAAGCGCGCGGGUCAACAAAUUCGGCCAAGUUUUCGACGAAGACCUUGCUAUCCUAUCGCAAGUCGGGAACCUUGUCUAUGCCAAAACAAUAGCGCAGCCCCGUCGCCAGAUUUUGGAAGUUCACAUCUCGAGCCAGGUUGCGCACCCUGGACGUUCGCUAGACCCGCCCGAAAUCACGGAGUCUGAUGCCGGCUGGCGCAAAGCCAAAGCUACGAUCGAAAAGGAGAUCGAUCGAGUCUGGCUCCAGGAGCCGGAGGAGAUCCAAAAGAUCCGCUGCGGAGUCAUUGAAAGCGGUGCCGGCACUGGAGAGCAAUACUUCACCGUGCUGGUGCACCUCGAGGCGUUUCUGAUGGUGCUGGGAGGGGAUCUGAUACAGAGAUUGCUGAAAAUCUCGCAGUACGACGACGUGCAGCUGCCGACGCUCAUUCGCAUCACCAGAGAGCUACUUAUCGGAGAUUUCGACUUGUUUGAGUUCAUGACAGAUCUUGGGCUCACCAACAUGCACCAAAUCAGCCAAAUGUAUUCGGAGGCACUCGACACCCUGACCACCAAGGAGGAAUACGCACAGCUGACUGGUGCGAUGGUGACCUACGUCAACCGUAUGCAUCGCUGGUCAUAUUUCAUCUUCCCCUGGAACCUCGGGGUGGCCUUCCCCCACCGCAAGCCAUCUGAAAUCGCGGCGCUCUCCAAGAUGAUCGGCUAG